UCGGUUUCUACAAGGAACUAAUGACAAGUUGACAACUUCCACUCCCAUUUACGUAGGUUUUUCAGUUUUGCUCUGAACCUGUUUGCUGAAAGUCCAGAAAGAAAGAAAGAAAGAAAGAAAAUGGCUGUUCUAUCAGGAUCAGUGGCCAUGGUUAAGAUUCCAGAGACUCGCUUUCUUUCAGGUUCUUUAUCAAAACCAAUGGAUAAAUGCUUCUUGAAAAUCAGCUCUAGUGCAUGCUUUCCAGGUUCCUCUGUUAGGGCUAAAGCAACGCAUAAGCUACCACUUGUAGUACAAGCCAGUGGAGAUGCUGGAAGACAAAAUAGUGGAAAUAUCUUUAUUGGUGGCUUUGUAUUGGGAGGACUGGUUGUUGGAGCAUUAGGUUGUCUAUAUGCACCUCAGAUAAGCAGGACACUAGCUGCAGCUGACAGUACAGAAAUCAUGAAGAAACUUCCGAAAUUUAUUUACGAUGAAGAAAAAGCUCUUGAGAGGACUCGCAAGAUGCUGUCGGAGAAAAUAGCCGAGCUGAAUUCUGCCAUUGAUGGUGUUUCUGCACAGUUGAGGGCAGAGGAACCCACGGAAACAGACGGGUACGCCGCAAGGUCAGAGGAAGUCGAAGCAUCUGUAUAAUGGAUGAAUUAUUAGUGAUUAGACCAUAUAUUUAAUUACAAAUUAUCGUAUUCUUUUAAUGAUCUCAAAACAUUAUCAUCAAGUACUGGAUUUUAAUGUUUUAUUAGUGAAUUUUGCUUAUCAUAAUCAAGUAAUCAACUAUUUCUUUUCCCUCUGG